AUGGGGUGCGGCGUAAGUAAGGAGAGAGAAACAAAUUCUUAGCAAAAAGCUUCAGAACCAGUUGUAGUUUAAGAAAAAGCCUAAAAUUUGGAAGAUCAUAUUGAAAAAGACUAAGUUGUAAAGCUAAAUAAUUCAUAAGAUUUAGAAGAUUAUAAGAAGAAUCCAGUUUCUGUAAAGAAUUAAAAAGGAAACUAAAGGAAUAAAAUUGUAAGAAAUUCAUAGUAGAGAGGUAUAUAUAAUAAAAAUGAUUAUUCAGGAAUCGAUGAUAUAGAAGAGGUAUCUUUAAAUGACAAUUUAUAUCAGGUAAAGUAAACUGAAUAAGCAAAUAAAAAAGGAUUAGCCAUUAAUAACUAAAAUGAUACAGAUAUAGAAAAAACCCAAACAUAAAAUGAUAUCGCUGAAAAAUAAUUAAAUGGAUUCUAUUUAGGUAAUGGAUAUAACAUUAGAAGAUAGCAUUCUAAUUCUAAAAACAAAUCUAAUGAGCGUUCAUUCUCUUCUGAAUCUAAAAACGACUUAAAUCAUUUACAUGUCAGCCUUGAUACUACUUUACAGAUUAAAAAAAUGAACGCAAAUUAGAGUAAUAGCAAUUACUUAAAUAUAUAGGAUUAAUCUUAAACUAAUGAGAAGAAAACCUUCAAUUUAUUUCAAAAAAAGUAGAAUAACUAAAAUAUUUUAGAAAGAAAUACUGGUGGUAUUGAAGAUCUUACUGUGCAUAUUUUGGAUGAAUAAAAUAAUAAAUAUGACAAGAAUACAAGUGCAACUUUCGAUCUUGAUACUAAUGAUAAUCAUGAUAUUGAUUCAUUUUUUGCAAUAAAUGAAGUAAAGCCACCUUUGUAAAAAGCUAAUAGUUAUUUAUAAUUCAGUUUAGGCACAGCUCCAGUAUUAGGCUAUAUAUUUUACUCACCUGAUAUAGAUUUUACAAAGGAAAAUAAGUAGAGAUAAUUCAGCAAAGAUGGUAUUUUUAAUUUAAAUGAAAGCAAAAAAGCAUAACCUAUUGAUAAGUAAACUGCUGAUUGUGUGAGAAAUCUUUUGUUUGGUAAUUCCUAGAAACAAUAUUUACCCAAAUCCUGGUCUCAGGGUUUUAUAUUAAAUGAGUAAGAUAUAUUUGGAUUGGUUUAGAGAGAAGGAGGACCAUGUGGAGUUAUAGCUGUUGUAUAGGCUUACUACAUAAAAUAUAUUUUGCUUUAAUCAAAAAUAGAUGAAUCACUUAUGAAAAAAAGAAAUGUUUAGGAGAACUGUCUUUUGGCUGCUUUGGCUGAAAUAAUUUAUAAAUGCAGAAUAAUAUUAAGUAAGAAUAACUAUUAAGUUAAGUUUGUGAUUGCCAAAUAGCAAAAUACAUCUACUUUCAAAUCUUGUGAUAUUGGCGACUGCCAAGUAAUUAACUUAUAUGUUAGUAAAUUUGAAGAUUUAUUUAAUCAAUUAAGGGAGUUAAAAGAAGAAUUGAUAGGAAACUAUAAUAAUGGAAUAAUUAACUUCCUCUAUUCUGUUUUAAUCACAAAAGGAGUUGAUAAUAUUGUAAACUCUAUGGAUGUCAAGUAUAACUCAUUAAUAGGAAAUCAUGGCCAUGCUACUUAAGAAUUAGUUAAUUUGUUAAUUACGGGGGAAUCAACAAGCAACUGUUUUGAUGGAGUUAAGGAAUUAGGACAAAUGAAACUUUUUGGAAUAAAGAAGAGAUAGUAAAUUGGAUUCUUAAGUGCUUUAGAGUGUGAUUCUUUGAUAGAGGUAGGAAAAAAUUAUAAAGAACCUUAUCUACCUAUCUGGGUUAUAUGCAAAGAAAACCAUUACACAAUUUUAUUUGCUAAAGAUUCAAGAAUCAUACAUAAUUCUUUAUGGGAUAAAUUUGAUUUAAUCUUUUAUGAUUAACUUUCUGAGAAGGGUUCAUUUUACUAUAAAAUUACUAUAGAAAAAGACAAUAUGCUGAGAAAUAAUAGAUUUACUCGAAAUAGCAAUGAUAUCCUUGAAAUAAUAAGUAAAAGCACCCAAAAUAUUCUAAAUGUUAAAUGGGGUUCAGAUAUUUUAAUUUCAUGGCCUUCCAAUAAUGUCCUAUUUUGA